UUUGCUACUUAGGAUCCUUAUCAAAUUUAACCCGGCAGUCAAUGUAGCCGCCGUGUCAUUCGGUUCGUGGCGCCCGGUGCGCAAGCCUGUCUGUGGAAAAUCGAUAAACCUGAAAGAGCGAAGAGAGCGCAUAAACCCCGAGUGAGUCGCCACCGUGAGUUAGUGAGUGCGCACGACGACGACGACGACAACGGCGACGACGACAACGACGACCGAUCACGUCGACCAGGACGACCGCCAGCAUCCUUGAUGCGAGACGCCAGCCUCAGUUUUGUUUAGCGUGCCCUCGCGUGAACAACCCUCCGGCAGGGAACGGACCAAAGGGUGGCCAGACGAAGGUGGUUCAGGGGAAAGUUAUGAGGUCCUGCUUCUUACCUGUCGUCGUCGUUCUGAUUCUGAUCGAGGUACCCGAUCGUAGCAGCAGCACCCAGUUCGAAAUAGUGAGAACAUGGGCGAACAAGUUAGGCUACGAACUAUGGACGUUGGGCAAGUAUGUGACGAAGAUGGACAAGUUUCGAGAGAGUUACAAGACAGCGGAAGUCACACCACGUGACGGAAGAACCCUCGUGCACGAAAUCGCUAAAGACAUCAAGACCAUGAUGGAGUCCAAGAUUUCGGCUAUAAAGAGGAUAAUGGACGUGGCCGAGACGUCAGCGAUGUCGUCCCCUCCUAUGGAUCCGCCGGAGUCCUACGAGUUUGUCAACGCAAAGAACAACACAAUCGACUUCGAGAACAGUCGACACUUCGGCGGUUACGUAAACCUCAACAUGUCGGCAGUGCAUGUGCCUACAAACGUGUACGAGCGCGCGUCGAAUGUCAUCCGCGCUAUCAAGUGGUCCGAAGAGCUCGACCGUACCUUCAUCAAUAAUUACGAGCAGGACCCGUCGUUGUCCUGGCAGUAUUUCGGCAGCGCGACCGGCUUCAUGCGCCAGUACCCGGCCAUAAAUUGGAGCAUGCAGCCGGUGGAUCUGUUCGAUUGCCGGACGAGAAGCUGGUACAUCGAGGCGGCCACCAGUCCUAAGGACAUUCUCAUCCUGAUGGACACGUCCGGUAGCAUGACCGGCAUACGACGAGAAAUCGCUAGGCACGUUAUAAACAACAUCCUCGACACUCUCGGCAACAAUGACUUCGUCAACAUUAUCACGUUCAACAACGUGACCAAAGAGGUGGUGCCGUGUUUCAACGACACUCUCGUCCAGGCGAAUCUGGCGAACGUACGGGAGCUGAAGCUAGCCAUAUCGGACCUCGAGACGGUGAACAUCGCCAACUUCACCCUGGCGCUAACCACCGCGUUCGAGCUGCUCGAGGUGUUCCGCAACGAGCGGGAGGGUGCCAAGUGCAAUCAAGCGAUCAUGCUGAUCACCGACGGCGUGCCGUACAACUACAAUGAGAUCUUCAAGACGUACAAUUGGAAAGAUCAGGACGAGCCGACGGACAUGCCCGUCCGCGUGUUCACCUAUCUGAUCGGCCGGGAGGUCGCGGACACGCGCGAAGUGAACUGGAUGGCCUGCGCGAACCGAGGAUACUACGUGCAUCUGUGCACCCCGGCGGAAGUGAGAGAGGAGGUGCUAAAAUAUGUGCCGGUAAUGGCGAGGCCGCUUGUGCUAGGUCGCACGGACCAUCCGACCAUCUGGACGCCCGUAUACGCCGACAUAACCGACCCGAAGAUCACCGACUGGCUGUGGGAGCAGCGCGAGAGCGAGGAGCAGAAGGAGCGCUUCCUGCUCUACCACCGAAAUAAGAAGUACUUGAAUUUGGAGGAGGAUCGGCGCUUCUGGAAGAAGCGGUGGCACGAGGACAGCGAACAGAACAAGCCUAAUUACAAGCUGAUGACUUCGGUUAGCAUGCCGGUGUUCGAUCGGCGCGAGAACGCAACAAUGAUCGCCAAUCUCCUCGGUGUUGCCGGCACGGAUGUACCAAUUGAAGAGAUCCAGAAGCUAAUGAUUCCGCACAUGCUUGGCGUCAACGGCUACGCAUUCAUCGUGACUAAUAAUGGUUUCAUCCUGAUUCAUCCCGAUCUCCGGCCAGUGUUCCAGGGCAUUUUGAAACCGGCGUAUAACAGCGUCGAUAUGGCGGAGAUCGAGCUAAUGGAUAACGACAAAGGCCCCAGAGAAUUUGACGAAGGCAUGGUUAUGCUUCGCAACGAUGUGGUGAAUCAGGCGAAUGGUAGCGUGACACUCCAUACAAAAUAUCAUUACGAUAAUAUGAAACGUGUCGGCAGGGUGAAGAGAAAAUAUGAUUAUACGGGAAUUAUGGACACACCGUUCACUAUAGUGGUUAGCUUACCCGAGCACGAUCACAUUGGAAAUUAUCACGUGCGCGCUACCGAGGAGAUACAUCGAUCUCACGCUAAAGGGAAAAACGUGACAGAUUACUUCGCGGGUAGUAACUGGCGGGUGCACCCCGAUUGGAUGUACUGCAAGUACCACUACGAGGGUGAACACAGGUUCGAAACCUCGGAGUUGCAGCUCCUGCACUUUCUGGAGCGUACCCGUCAGCCAGGCUGGAAGUGGAUCGACAUGAAGCAGCGAUCCCAGCCGCCGGAAUACUCCGCCACGAGUUCCAAUCAUAGUUCUCAUCCAAAUCCUUACAAAGCCGAUCGGAACUCGUAUUACUGCGACAGGAACCUACUGCAAAGUCUGGUGUUUGACGCUAAGGUAACCGAGUGGUUUGCCCAGCAAACCCCAGCAAAUCCCAGCACCAACCGCGAAGAAUCAGGGAAGCAAUUCCAACAACGCUUCGGAAUCACCCUGGCGUUCAUGGCCACGCACAGCGGUCUGACCAGGUGGCAGAACUACCCGAUGGACGAAGACGUGCCGUUGCCGGGGGAUCAAUUCAAUAAGCAGCAUUCCCGAGCCAUCGACGAGGUGUGGUAUAGGCGAGCGGUCGAGCAACACUAUGUGCUGCCAGAGAGCUUCGUCUUUUCUGUCCCCAUCGACGAGGAAGGUGCCGACAACACCACUCUGGUUAUCGCCAGUCACGCAAUAUUCAUCGGAGAGGGAGGGAAGGCGAACGCACCGGCCGCAGUAGUUGGCUUUCAAUUCCAGCACACUGCCCUGCAGACGCUUUUUCAGAACAUAACAUUCAAUUGCGGAUCGGAUAGUUGUGGCGGUCUCAAACACUGUGGCGACGACACUCUAGCAUGCUACCUGAUCGACGACAACGGCUACAUAAUCGCGGCCAAGAGCGAAGCGGAUGCCGGGAAGUUCUUCGGCGAAAUCAGAGGUCCGAUAAUGAACAGUCUGGUCAAGGACGGCGUCUACGAGAGGAUAAGGAUCUUCGACUAUCAAGCAGUAUGCUUCAAGAACGCGCAGACUAACAACGCCGCCAAUAUUUUACUCACGCCAUGGAAGCAUCUACAGAAAGCCGUGUUCUGGCUAGUCAGUCAGAUCACGUGGGUCUGGGCGAAAGCUGGCAUAAUGGAUGAUUAUGAAUCGUUUGGCUAUGUCAGCGACGAAGAAUCGGUCCACAACGAUUCUGACGAGAGCGAGAAGCCCUCCCUAUCGAGCGAACCGAAGGAUGACAGAUCCUUCGACCACGUCUUCAUAAAUCGCACCCGGCUGGAAGUUUGCGAUCAAGAGGUAUUCCUGUACCUGCGCAACGCCACGUUCAACGCGUACUACAUAGACUCGGACGAGAACUGCGUGCGGCCGUACGUGGCGCAGCCGGUGCCUCACAGCAACAUGCUGCUGAUAGUGGUGAACAUCGGCUGCAGCGACACGUCGUUGCCGCCGCUGAGCAUCGAGCCCGAGGAGGUGAACUACGAGAACAACACGCUCGUCUGCCAGAAAGCGCUCACCGGCCUUAAGCGAAAGCGGCCGCAGUCCUGCAUACGCUCGCAUCCGCGUGAGAGCGAGAUCAAGCAUCAGUGCGGCCUGGCGACAAGCGCCAGAUCGAAUCUGCUUCACCUGACGACGAUGCUGCUGCUGAUGUGCACGCUGACCGGAAGGCCCGUCCAUAUUUUCGGCUGAAUUUCGUAGCCGACGAUCCCAGUGUUAAACCACGGUCGACACGGUCUCGACAAUGAAACUCACGAUACACUGCGAAUUGAAUGGACUCUCUCGCAACUGCGAAAUUUCGCCUGACGAACGUGUCGGGAUACUCGCACAUCCGUUUCGAUGAUCAGAAUUGCUACACAGCGCAGAUUCGACGCGAUUUUUCUCAUUCACGAUUAUUUCUUGCCUUUGCCAGUUGAUGAAAACUGUCUUUUCUCCGCGAACCAGGAUUUCAAGCAUAAUUGCAUUUAACUUCGCAUCUUCGAAUAAUUAAAGCAAUCAAAAUUAUUCUCUGAAAUUAAUUUUGAACUUCAGGAACAGAUAUCACGUAUAAAUCAUAUCAACAAAUGUUUGAUACAUUAUUUGAUAAUUAAUAAUUAUUUUACAAUUUUAGGUGUAAUGUGGCGCAAUAAAAUUGAAGGAGAAGAAAUAAAUUUGUCCUUUCAAAGAUUCUAGUAUUAAAAAACCAAUGAAAAACUAAUUAAACAGAGAGAUAUAAGAAAAAGCAAAAAAAAAACCUUUCUCUCUCUC